AUGAAAGGCCUAAAAAAGGCGGUGCUCUCUCGUACAAGACAAGCUGAUACCCAAAAUCGAAACAAUAACCAUGGAAGCGGGUCGUUCGUCGCACCUGCACCACCAUCGAAAGAUCAUUCAUCGAGAGGCUUCUUCUCAGGUCCCAAUCAUCAAUCUUCAAAUCAAAGCUACACGUCUACUUCUUCUAAUUAUACAUCACAAUCUAGCGCUACUACGCGGGCCCCUGCAAAAGCUUCAGCCACUUCUGGGGCACCGGCGUCGUCCGUUUCGUAUGUUUCUGUGCCACCAGGCAACAUUUCACAAGCAGUCUCAAGCACGCAGCACACAUAUGCGCCUCCGAAGCUGCCAUCGAGAUCUUCUACACACGUACCUUCACCCGUUGUCCCUGGAUCCUCUAGUUUACCUGUGCAAGACAUGUCUAAUUCUAAAGCUGCAGCGCCUGCCGCAGCGCUUCCAGCUUCAGCACAAAAGGUGGGCUACAUGGGCAACUCAGCCCCGACUCUUCAGCCUGUAACACCAACAGUGGCACCAAAAGACACAAUUCCUUCGCCAAGAACAGCGCCGCGUAAGCAGCGGAGCAGCCGCAUCCAGACGGCGGAUCACGUCCAGUUGGAACCAUUACCGUCGUUCUCCGAGGUACUGCCAUCAGAUCGGCCGCAACUGUUCGUCAAAAAGCUGAGGCAAAGCGCGGUGGUGUUUGAUUUUACUGAUGCUAGUGCAGACCUCUCUGGCAAGCAGAUCAAGGCACAAUCGCUGCAAGACAUGCUGGAGUUUGUCACGACGCAGCGCGGUUCCAUCACAGAGCUUGUUUACCCUGAUAUGGUGAACAUGUUUGCAUCAAAUUUGUUCCGCACAAUUCCUCCGUCAUCCAAUUCGCUUAGUGAAGGCUUCGAUCCAGAGGAGGAUGAGCCUGUCCUGGAGCUGGCAUGGCCUCACCUCCAGCUGGUCUAUGAGCUCUUUCUCCGUUUUGUGGAGAGCACAGACCUUAAUACGAGUAUUGCGAAAAAGUACAUUGAUCAGUCAUUCGUGGUACAGCUCCUUGAACUGUUUGACAGCGAAGACCCGCGUGAACGUGACUUUCUCAAGACGACAUUGCAUCGCAUCUAUGGUAAGUUUUUGAAUUUGCGAGCAUUCAUCCGUCGAUCUAUCAACAAUGUCUUUUUCCAGUUUAUUUACGAAACGGAGCGUCACAACGGAAUUGCGGAACUACUCGAAAUCCUCGGUUCUAUUAUCAAUGGUUUCGCACUACCUCUCAAGGAAGAGCACAAGGUAUUUUUAUCGCGUGUAUUACUGCCUUUGCAUAAAGUUAAAUGUUUGGCGAUGUAUCAUCCACAAUUGGCGUACUGUGUUGUGCAGUUUAUCGAAAAGGACAGCACUCUUACAGAGAGGGUUGUACUCGGCCUGCUUAGGUUCUGGCCUAAGACCAAUUCGCAGAAAGAAGUCAUGUUCCUCAACGAGAUCGAAGAAGUAUUAGAUGUGAUUGAGCCAGAAGACUUCGCCAAGAUCCAGGUGCCACUUUUUCAGCAACUAGCACGAUGCAUCGAAAGCCAACAUUUCCAGGUUGCAGAGCGUGCGUUAUACUUCUGGAACAACGAAUACGUCUUGAACCUUAUGGGCGACAAUAUCCAGGUAAUUCUCCCUAUUGUAUUCAACAGUUUGUAUGAAAACUCGAAAAACCAUUGGAACCCAACAAUUCACGCACUUGUAUACAAUGCAUUCAAGCUGUUCAUGGAGAUUAACCCUGCCUUCUUUGACCUCGUAUCCAAUGAGCAUCAACACCAUCUUAUGCUCGCAGAUCAACAUGAAAGAGAGCGUUAUCAAGCAUGGAAACGUAUUCAUGAAGGUGCAUUACAGAACUCUAUUAAGUUCGGCAUUAAAGCGCCAGAUGCUGUGCUAAAGAGCCAACUUGAGUCGCCUGCUGUCACACCUCGCUCCUUGACGAUCCAAGAUAAUGGUACUUUUGCCGACAUGAUUCCGCUUGCGAAUUCGCUUUCAGGGCUAGCUCCACCGGCCCUUAGUUUAGCCUCAACGUCAGGUGUCGUACAGGGCCUGGGACCAUCCAAAAUUUAUGUCUCUUCUGGAAAUCUAUCACCCGAUCAUGAUAUUGCAAGAGACUCAAAUCUCUCUUCGAAUAGCACGAAUGGUGCCUCUACUGGUGAGUAUGAAGAUGCCGAGCAAAGCAUCUUGCGCGAUCUUGCCGAUCACAUAGAUCCUUCGUAUUUGGGCUAA